UGCUCUCAUCAAAGUAUGAGUAAGAGGCGUGAACGUGCUUGAAAACGUGUGCACGUCCCAAUAAAAGUCCCCGACGGCAAGGAGGUCCUAACAUUUGUUACAGAAAACCGGUUUGGACAAUACACCGAAUAUACACAAAGGCAACAACAUAACGGAUUUCCUGCUGACUGUUUGCACAGAAGUGUGUUCACAAGGAGCCAGACAUCCAAGUUGGACCAGCUCUGCUUAAAGUUUCUCACUGUCUCCUGUUGUUCUCCUGAAUAUCUUACAACAAGCAGCAAAGCUCAAGAUGCAGCAGCUGGAGGAUGAGAAGCCCAAGAAGAAGAUCACCCUUUACCUUCUCUACUGUGUUGCAACAGCAGUCAUUGGCUCACUGCAGUUUGGCUACAACACUGGAGUCAUCAAUGCACCGGAGGAGAAAUUGCGUGCGUUUUUCCAAAAUGUGUCAAUGGAUCGGUAUGGAGAGCCCUUUUCCAAAGGAGCAAACACCAUGGUGUGGAGCUUUGCUGUGGCCAUCUUCAGCGUGGGAGGAAUGAUUGGCUCCUUCUCUGUUGGAAGCAUGGUCAACACCUUUGGCAGGCGGAAGUCCAUGAUGUUAGCUAACAUUCUUGCUCUGGUGGGCGGUGGUCUGAUGGGACUGUCCACCCUGAGUCAGUCGUUCGAGAUGAUCAUCAUCGGCCGCUUGAUUAUCGGUGUGUUCUGCGGCCUGUGCACGGGUCUCACACCGAUGUACGUGGGCGAGAUCUCUCCCACCGCCGUCCGAGGAGCCUUCGGCACACUGCACCAGCUGGGCGUGGUGAUUGGCAUCCUGGUGGCACAGAUCUUUGGUCUGGAGUUUCUGCUGGGCUCGGAUACUUUGUGGCCUCUGCUGCUCGCUCUGACUGUGUUGCCCGCUGUGCUGCAGACCAUCAUGCUUCCCUUCUGCCCUGAAAGCCCUCGUUACCUCCUCAUUGUCCUCAACAAGGAGGAGGAGGCAAGACAAGCCCUGGUACGCCUGCGUGGCUGUGAAGACGUGAGCGACGAUAUUCAGGAGAUGAAGGAAGAAGGGAUGAAGAUGGCCUUGGAAAAGAAAGUCACUGUCUUAGAGCUCUUCCGCUCUCCAAACUAUCGUCAACCGAUCAUUAUCGCCAUCAUCCUCCAGCUCUCUCAGCAGCUAUCUGGCAUCAACGCUGUAUUUUACUACUCUACAGGAAUAUUUCAAACUGCUGGUGUGACUCAACCCAUCUACGCCACCAUAGGAGCGGGAGUGGUCAACACUGUCUUUACUAUUGUCUCUCUCUUCCUGGUGGAGCGGGCGGGGCGGAGGACGUUGCACCUGAUUGGACUGGCUGGAAUGGCCGUCUCUGCCCUUCUCAUGACCAUCUCCCUGUCUCUAGUGAAGACCAACCAGGCUCUAAGCUUUCUGGCAAUUGUGGCAGUGUUUGGAUUUGUUGCCAGUUUUGAGAUGGGCCCGGGUCCGAUCCCGUGGUUCAUCGUGGCGGAGCUCUUCUCUCAGGGACCGCGGCCUGCUGCCAUGGCUGUCUCUGGUUGCUCUAACUGGACCGCCAACUUCUUGGUGGGGCUGGGUUUCCCUAAACUGGAGGAACUUUGUGGUCCGUACGUCUUCCUCAUCUUCAUGAUCCUCCUCAUCCUGUUCUUCAUCUUCACCUUCUUGCGAGUCCCUGAGACAAAAGGAAGGACCUUUGACGAUAUUGCCCAGGGAUUCGCUGCCAAAUCCUCCGCGUCCCCGGUGCCUGAGGCGGUCGUUGUCGGCCUGUCGGAGAGCAAAGACCCUCCACCCAUGUCCCCCACAGAAAAAUUUCCCAUGGUGUCUCUCCCUCCAGAGACACAAUGAAUAACUCAAUAAAUGAAGGAAGACUUAGGGUGUAAGAAAAAACUUAGUCCAUAGCCCACAAAUAAUGAAAGGUCAGCAGGAUGUGUCUGGUAAAUCCAUAUCAGUAUACUAAUGCCUUUUAAGAUUUUAUAUUUUUAUGUAUAUUUUUAGAUAAAUACUUGUUUUUUAAAUAUCUGAUGCAAUACCCUCUAAACCUGCUUUUAGUAUCAAUCAAACGUAGCCAGCACUUAAUGUUGCUAGCUCCAUACAUUUUGUCACAUAAGAGGAUCAACCUACGCUCAGUCUUGACCCGCAGGCUUUCAGCUCCCCUUAGUGUUAGAAGGUUGCAGGAUUUAGGGGUUUUAUGUAUUGAGGUCAAGCUUUGAAAGCCGGUUUUGGAACCUGGUAGUUUGACCCAAAAAAAAAAGAUUGACUUGCUGCCCUGUGUGCCUGCCUGAUGUGCCUUGCUGCCAGGAGGAGUUAACCACGUUGUCUCUCCUCUUCUAAAACAGCACUGACUUUAGACUUAGCAUAAAUAUAAUUAUGUGUGCGUCGAAGCUGUUUCUCAUUGCACAACACCCCCUCACAAUAAAGGAUGUUUGUAGCUGUGUGUUGUUUGCAUUCAGCGGUGCUGAAUAAGAAGUAACACAAGGGCAUCUCUGUAAAUAUGCACUGUCUCUGUCAAAUGUAGUGUUUGUACGAGUGUGUGAGAGGUUUAUUCUAUCACUGCCAAGUCAGAACAAAGCCUCUCUUUAGUCCUCAGUUUAGAAAUGAUAAAACCUCUUUAAUAUUUGCAUUUCACUGCAGGUUGCAACAAGACCAUGUGUCAGAAACAAGUGUCUUGAUGCAAUCCUCCACAGCUCACGUUAAAACUUUUGGAUUCACAAAUCUCAGGUGGCUAAAUGUGUUCCAAUAUAGCUGUCAUGAUUUAGAAAAUACAUUUAUCCAUCACUGUACUUGAAACUCUGUCAUCAACAGCUAUUGCAACAUUACCCAUGUUAGAUGAUGGUGUUGAAUAAAAACACUAAGCUUGUAUUUAUUAAACACACGAAACAAAAUGUAAUUUCAUGUACUUGUCUGUAAUUGUCUGAAUUGAUGUGUAUAUAUUGCCUCCGUCAGGAUCUGCUGUGGUAGCUCAGUGUAUAGGCUCAUAAAUGUUGCGCCAGUGUUAGCGCCUUGACUCUGGAUGUGCACACACUGAUAAGGAAGCACUUUUCAUGUUCGUGCUUAGCGGCGUUUCGUUUGCACUUUGGCUGUCGGGCUAUUUUCUAAUAUUUGUUUACACCAUGUGUGGCUUUCUGUUACUUGUAAAUAUGCAGUAUUUGUUGGGGGAAGCUAAUGGUUUUUCUGUAUUUGUAUUUGAUAGUGCUGUUAAAUUUGCUAUUUCCACUGAUUUUUCUUGCACUCUAGACAAACUGUUGUUACAGUAAAUGCAGCGCUGCUUUGCAAGCACAGUAUUAUCAUUUGUAAUGUGUAUAUUGUGCUCUGUUGUCGUCUUUCAUGUGUCAAUAAACGUAAGUAAGAAGUCA